UUAAAAUUGGAUGAUACGCUGCUGUAACAUAAAAUAUUGGGGCAGUGUCCGAGACACUUGAACAAUUUUCUAUCCUAACUCUGAGAAAUUCACCAACUACGUACUCUGAGCCAAGCCUCCCCCCUCCAACCUUAAUAAAGAAAACCGGUUUUUGUCAACAUUUUCAUUGAAUUUCAGGACCUUAAUGUAUUGUCCCCCUCACCCUCAUUUAAACACCACCUAGGUUUCCUCUCUUCUCCCUUCUCCAUGCUCCUCCUUUAUUCAUUGCUUUAAUGCUCUUCAAUCUGCUUUUAAUUCUCUCUUCAACCCUCAUUCAUUCAAAACUAGUUUCUCUCUUUAUUGGAUAACAACCAUCCACUUGACUCCUUAACUUUCUUCACUCACAUCUCAUUCAAAUUCAUAGCCUACCCCCAAGUAGCACACAUGCUAUAGAUUUCCAUCAAAGUGCUAUUCAUUUUCUUACAUUGCCUAGUUCUGCUAUUCAUGUGUUCUGUUUAUGUUCAAGAUCCGAGAGAGCCAAUUUAUCUGCAUUUUUAUCUUUAACAUCUGGUAUGGAUCUUGUAAGCAGAAGAUACUUGAUUUAUGUGUCACAACAUGGGUCACAGUCACAAUCACAAGCACAAGAACUUUCUCCAAUCACAAGUCCAGGGAGUUCAAUCUUUCACCCUCAUCUGCAUUCUUCUAGCACUAGUUUUCCCAUCAUUGCAAUUGCUAUAAUAGGAAUAAUGGCCACAGCUUUCUUGCUGGUUAGCUACUACAUCUUUGUCAUCAAAUGCUGCCUCAAUUGGCACCGUAUUGAUGUCCUAAGACGUUUCUCUCCAUCCAGAAGGCGUGAAGAUCCAUCACCAAUAUACUCACCGGGCAUAGAAUCUCGUGGACUAGAUGAGGCACUGAUCCGGUUAAUUCCAGUGAUUCAAUACAAAACACAAGGGAAAACAGAAGAGAGAAGAUUCUGUGAAUGUGCUGUUUGCUUGAAUGAGUUUCAAGAAGAUGAGAAGCUCAGGAUUAUACCCAAUUGUGGCCAUGUGUUUCACAUUGAUUGCAUAGAUGUUUGGCUUCAGGGCAAUGCCAAUUGCCCUCUUUGUAGAACAAGCAUUUCCUUGACAAGCAGAUUCCACAUUGAUCAGCUUCUCACCCUAAGGCCUUCUUCCCCUCAGGAUCAAAACCCUCCAAGGCAAAACCUCAUUGGAGGUGAUGAAGAUUUUGUUGUGAUUGAAUUGGGUAAUGACCAUGAUAGAAGCCAAAAUUUGCAAGAAAGAGGCAAUGGUUUGGAGUUACCAUUACCAACAUGCCUUAUUAGUCCUUCAUCAAAGAAAGCAAUGAAACUGCAUAAGGUGACAAGCAUGGGGGAUGAGUGUAUUGAUAUUAGAGCCAAAGAUGAGCAGUUCUCAGUCCAACCUAUCAGAAGGUCUUUCUCCAUGGACUCUUCAGGGGAUAGACAGUUCUAUUUAGCAGUUCAAGAAGCUCUGAGGCUUCACAACAGGCAAGUCAAUGAGGUCAGCACCAUUGAAGGCUGCAGUGGUAGUAGUGGUAGAGUCAAAAGAUCAUUCUUUUCCUUCGGACAUGGAAGUAGAUCCAGGAGUUCUGUGCAACCUCUUUCUUUGGAUCCCUGAAAUUUUUCUAUUGUCAUCCCCUUCCAUUAUGUUUGCAUCUUGCAAGUUUCUUAGGUUUUUAUUUUUUUGCUGAGAUAGAGAUGUUAGAUGAAUGAACAUUGAACAGGUCAUAGGAUUGUAUGACACACAAAUAUUCAAUUGGAUUUAAUUUUAACUUGAAGCCAUUAUUUCUGUAUUGUGUAUGUUUCUGUAUUUCUGUAUUGUGUAUAAAAUGGCAUGAUGUUGUGGUUUGGUAUACCUUGCUUCAAAAGGCAUGGAGCCAUGAUAAUGAGCAUCAUUGCCGAAAUCAUCUUAUGUUAGCUUUUGUAAAGAAAAAGUUUUCCCGCUAUGGAUCAGUUAUGUUAUUCCAUGUCUUAUUCUAGGUGUAUCAAAAAGAGAAGUAAGCAAAUCUGGCUUUGAAGUAAAAGUAACGGUAGAAAAUGAAGCAAAAAAAAGAAGAAAAAAAGAAAAGAAAA